CUCCUUCUCAUUCGUUCUCGAUCCGAAGACAAAACCCCGAUCACAGAGAAAACCUAAAAACAUACGCAACAAAGAAAACAAAGGAGAGGAGGAAAGGAAGGAAAAGAGAGAGAGAGGGAGAGAAAAUGCAGGGAGGCGAAGAUGUGAGCAUCGAGGAGCUCGCCUCGAAUCUCUCAACCUACAAGGAUCAGCUCCAUCAGGUUAGGAAACUUCUGAUCGAUGAACCUGGGAACUCAGAAUAUGCUGAUAUGGAAAAGGAGCUGGAAGAGGUCAUCGCACUUACGGAAGAACUCUUAGCUACUGCAAAGCAUAAUGAAGAAUCUGAUCUGGUGACCCAACAUAAUGCAGAUGCAUCUCCCGAGCAGGAGCCGUUUAGUAGAAUUUCACAGUUAAACACCGUAUCAAGUAAAUAUGAGAGGUUUUCUGUUGGCACUAAAGUCCAAGCUGUUUGGAGUGAAGAUGGGGAGUGGUAUGAUGCGACCGUCGACGCUAUUACUCCUAAUGGUACUUACUAUGUUGCCUAUGAUGGAUGGGGAAACAAGGAGGAGGUGGAUCCUGGCAAUGUGAGACCGAUCCAAGAAGGUGAUGUGAAUCCCUUGCUAGAAGCUGAAAGGGAAGCUGAAGCUACCAAGCAAGCCAUCAAACGAAAGAUUGCACAAGCAGCUGUUUCUGACUUCCAAUCUCAAAGCUUACCUGCAAAACUUCGUAUUGAUCCCAAUGAUCCCGAAGAUGUGAGAGCUGCUAAACGCAAGAAGAUACAUGCUUUCAAGUCAAAAGUUCGUUUUGAGAAACUUGAAGUUACGCAAAACAAGCGGCAAAAUGCUUGGCAACAGUUUCAAGAUACAAAAGGGAAAACUAAGAAGGUUGGUUUCUUUUCAGGACGCAAGCGAGAGAGCAUCUUCAAGUCUCCGGACGAUCCAUAUGGUAAGGUUGGAGUAACUAAUAGUGGGAAAGGGUUGACUGAUUUCCAGAGGAGGGAGAAAUACUUGCAACUCAAGGGUGCAAACAUGGAUAAUGAGGAUCAGGAAUAGAAUGCUUGCAGCCAUGUAACUUCGUAUACUAGUUAAGAAUGAAGCCAUUGAAUAUUUCAUCACCAUGUUUUACUCUGUGGAGCCCGGAAGUGAGAUCUGAUUUGUGUGCGAAAUUGCGGCUCUGUAUAGUAUUUUUGGUGCCUUGUCGAUAACUUUUUUUUUCCCGUUGAUGUUGUUGAUUCCAAACCUAAUCAAUCUAAUGCGGAGAAACUUUUAUACAAGCGAAGUUCUUGA